GCCUUUUUGGAUCUACACAGUGGAAGUUGCAUCUUGUGUAUGGCGUGGUUAAGCUUGCAGCCUGUCACCUCGGCCUUCCUCCAUUUUGGGCUGGUUACUUUUGUGCUGUUUUUGCAUGGUUUGCAGGUGGAUGCUGGCCUGACGGGAGACUCAACCAGUUCAGUACAAAACAGCUCGUGUUCAGGAUCUUUUGACUGCAAGGAAGGUGUUAUCCUGCCAAUAUGGUACCCAGAAAACCCAUCCCUUGGGGACAAAAUUGCCCGUGUUAUCGUAUACUUUGUAGCACUGAUCUACAUGUUCCUUGGAGUCUCCAUCAUUGCAGAUCGUUUCAUGGCAUCUAUAGAGGUCAUUACAUCACAAGAGAAAGAAAUCACGAUUAAGAAACCCAAUGGAGAGACCACAACGACCACCAUUCGGAUUUGGAAUGAAACUGUUUCCAACUUGACCCUCAUGGCUCUGGGCUCCUCUGCUCCUGAGAUCCUUCUGUCUCUGAUAGAAGUGUGUGGGCAUGGAUUCAUAGCUGGAGACCUGGGGCCGUCUACAAUUGUUGGCAGCGCUGCUUUCAAUAUGUUUAUCAUCAUUGCCAUCUGUGUCUAUGUGAUCCCUGAUGGGGAAACCAGAAAGAUAAAACACCUGAGGGUUUUCUUCGUCACAGCUGCAUGGAGCAUCUUUGCUUACAUCUGGUUGUACAUGAUCCUUGCUGUCUUCUCUCCAGGUGUGGUUCAGGUCUGGGAAGGUCUGCUCACACUUUUCUUCUUUCCACUUUGCGUCCUUCUGGCUUGGAUAGCAGAUAGACGUCUGCUUUUCUAUAAGUAUAUGCACAAAAAGUACCGUACUGACAAGCACAGGGGCAUUAUCAUAGAAUCAGAAGGGGAUCACCCUAAGGGAAUUGAGAUGGAUGGCAAGAUGAUGAACUCCCACUUUCUGGAUGGAAACUUAGUGACUGUGGAGGGGAAGGAGGUAGAUGAAUCUCGCAAAGAGAUGAUCCGGAUCCUUAAGGACCUGAAGCAAAAGCACCCAGAAAAGGACUUGGACCAGCUGGUAGAGAUGGCUAACUACUAUGCCUUGUCUCAUCAGCAAAAGAGCAGAGCCUUUUAUCGCAUUCAAGCUACCAGAAUGAUGACGGGAGCUGGCAAUAUUCUGAAGAAGCAUGCAGCUGAGCAAGCCAAGAAGAGCACCAGCUUGCAUGAGGUGCAGCCGGAUGAAACUGAGGAAUUCAUCUCCAAAAUUUAUUUUGACCCGUGCUCCUACCAGUGUCUUGAGAACUGUGGUGCUGUUCUCCUGACAGUGGUGCGGAAAGGAGGGGACAUGUCCAAGACCAUCUAUGUGGACUAUAAAACAGAGGAUGGCUCUGCCAAUGCUGGUGCUGACUAUGAGUUCACAGAGGGGACUGUUGUCUUGAAAUCAGGGGAGACCCAAAAGGAGUUCUCAGUGGGAAUUAUUGAUGAUGACAUCUUUGAGGAAGAUGAGCAUUUCUUUGUGAGGCUCAGUAACCUCCGUGUAGUGGAGAGUGAGGAACCUCCAGAGCUCAGUAACUCCCUGUACCCAAAGGCCAUAUUGGCUUCUCCUUGUGUGGCCACAGUGACUAUACUGGAUGAUGACCAUGCUGGCAUCUUCACAUUUGAGUGUGAUGUUAUACAUGUCAGUGAGAGCAUUGGUGUGAUGGAAGUCAAAGUCCUAAGGACAUCAGGUGCUCGGGGUACAGUCAUAGUGCCAUUUAGGACAGUAGAAGGGACAGCAAAAGGAGGUGGAGAAGACUUUGAAGACACUUACGGGGAGUUGGAGUUCAAGAAUGAUGAAACUGUCAAAACAGUUCACAUCAAGGUAAUUGAUGAUGAGGAGUAUGAAAAAAACAAGAAUUUCUUCAUUGAGCUGAUGAGCCCCCGCAUGAUGGAUAUGAGUUUACAGAAAGCCCUGCUGCUCACCCAAGAGGUGGCUGAGAGGAAGCUGACAGUUGAAGAGGAGGAAGCCAAGAGGAUUGCGGAGAUGGGCAAACCAAUACUUGGCGAGCAUCCCAAACUAGAAGUCAUCAUUGAGGAGUCCUAUGAGUUCAAGAGCACCGUGGACAAGCUGAUUAAGAAGACAAACCUGGCUUUGGUUGUAGGGACACAUUCCUGGAGGGACCAGUUCAUGGAAGCCAUUACCGUCAGUGCAGCGGGUGAUGAGGAUGAGGAUGAGUCCGGCGAGGAGCGCCUGCCAUCCUGCUUCGACUACGUGAUGCACUUCCUGACGGUCUUCUGGAAGGUGCUGUUUGCCUGUGUGCCCCCCACCGAGUACUGCAACGGCUGGGCCUGCUUCGUCGUCUCCAUCCUCAUCAUUGGCAUGCUCACAGCCGUCAUUGGUGACCUCGCCUCCCACUUCGGCUGCACCAUCGGCCUCAAGGACUCAGUGACUGCUGUCGUCUUUGUUGCCUUCGGCACUUCAGUACCAGACACGUUCGCCAGCAAAGCUGCGGCCAUUCAGGACGUGUAUGCCGACGCCUCCAUCAGCAACGUCACGGGCAGCAACGCCGUCAACGUCUUCCUGGGCAUCGGGCUGGCGUGGUCGGUGGCGGCCAUCUACUGGGCAUCGCAGGGGCAGGAGUUCCAGGUGUCAGCGGGCACCCUGGCCUUCUCCGUCACCCUCUUCACCAUCUUCGCCUUCAUCUGCAUCAGCGUCCUCCUCUACCGCCGGCGGCCCCACCUCGGGGGGGAGCUGGGUGGCCCCCGGGGGUGCAAACUGGCCACGACGUUGCUCUUCGUCAGCCUCUGGCUGCUGUACAUCCUCUUCGCCACCUUGGAGGCCUAUUGCUACAUCAAGGGGUUUUAG